ACUUUUAGUGAUGUGGCCAUAGACUUCUCUCACGAAGAGUGGCGAUGGCUAGAUUCUGCUCAGAGGGAUUUAUACAAGGAUGUGAUGGUCCAGAAUUAUGAGAACCUGGUCUCUCUAGGUCUUUCCAAACCUAAGCCAUAUGUGAUCACCUUAUUGGAGGAAGGGAAAGAGCCCUGGAUGGUGGAGAAGAAACCGUCAGAAGAUAUGUUUUCAGAUUGGGAAUCAAGAAGGGAAAACAACGAAUUAGCAGCAAAGGAGCGUAUGUAUGGAGAUAUACCCCAAAAUGUAAUAAUAGAAAAAAGUAUAAAACAAGAUCCCGGAUGUUCAGAUUUUGACAAGGUCUAUGAAGGGAAAGAAAGCCCCCCUGGGGAAAGUGUUUAUGGAUACAAUAUGUUCCAAAGCAUUUUUCAUUUCACCUCUCUCCUCUCUGAGCCACAGAUGAUUUCUGUUGAAGGGAAAUCACACAAAUAUGAUCUAUUUAAGAAGAGCUUACAAGAUAAAUUACUUAUUAAAAAUGAGAAAAUCUGUGAUGGAAAGAACCUUUUGAAUUCUAAUGAAAGUAUAGCAGUCUUCAGCCAGAGCACACCUCUCAGCCUUCACCAGACUUGUAAAAGAGAGAACGUGCACACGUGCACUGAUUGUGGAAAAGUCUUUGACAAGCAAUCGAUCCUUAGUCGCCAUCAGAUCAUUCAUACUGGAGAGAAGCCCUAUGAAUGUUGUGAAUGUGGGAAGACUUUUAGCCAUGGCUCAUCCCUUACUCGACAUCAGACAAGCCAUAGUGGAGAGAAACCUUAUAAAUGUUUUGAAUGUGAGAAGGUCUUCAGCCAUGUCUCAUCACUUACUAACCAUCAAAGCAUUCACACCAGAGAGAAACCAUAUGGAUGUUUGGAAUGUGGAAAGUUUUUCAGUCGUGUUUCCCAUCUCAUUGACCAUCUGAGAAUUCAUACUCAAGAAAAACUCUAUGGAUGUCAUCUGUGUGGGAAGGCCUUCAUUCAUAGGUCAUCUCUGGCCCACCACCAGAAAAUUCAUACUGGACAGAAACCUUAUGAAUGUAGUGAGUGUGGGAAAGCCUUUUACUGUAGCUCACAUCUUACUCGACAUCAAAGAAUCCACACUGUGGAGAAACAAUAUGAAUGCAACAAAUGCCUGAAAAUCUUUAGUACCCUCUCAUACCUUAUUCAGCAUCAGAGUAUUCAUACUGAAGAAAAACCUUUUGAAUGUCAAGAAUGCAAGAAAUCCUUCAACCAUCCUGAAUCACUGAAUCUGCAUAUGAGAAACCACACUAUAUUAAAACCUUAUGAAUGCAGUAUCUGUGGAAAAGCUUUUAGUCAUAGGUCAUCCUUGUUUCAACAUCACAGACUUCACACUGGAGAGAAACCAUAUGAAUGUAUUGAAUGUGGGAAGACCUUCAACUGUAGUUCCAACCUUACUGUACAUCAGAGAAUUCAUACUGGAGAAAAGCCAUACAAAUGUAAUGAAUGUGGGAAAGCUUUUAAUAAAGGCUCCAAUCUUACUGUCCAUCAGAGAAUACACUAUCGAGAGAAAUCCAAUAGCAUGCUAUACUAA